AUGAUGAUGAUGACGAAUCAGCUAGCAAGUUGGGAAAUAAUGGAGGGUGAAGAUAAUGAAAUGGAAAAUCUUCAAAAGGCAAUAGAGGAUCUUUGGAUGCAAAAUGGACCAGAGAUGAGUGUUGAUACAAAUAAGCAAACAGCUGAAAGCAUUCAGAUAAAUGGUGCACUUUCUAUACCCUUAGUUGCACUUGGAUUCAUGACAAGGAUGUCCCAACUAGUGAGGCUACCAAGGAACAUGCUUUUAUCUGUAGACAGACAACUUGUGCAAACAAUUGUACCUGGUACAAGAUUGACUAUAAUGGGAAUUUACAACAUAUUUCAAGCUUCAAAUACAUCCACAUCUCACAAAGGAGCAGUUGCUAUUAGACAACCGUAUAUAAGAGUUGUUGGAAUAGAAGAAACAAAUGAAGCUACUCGUGGUCCUGCCAAUUUCACACAAGAAGAGGUUCUCAGAAAACUAUGA